GAUAUUUUAUCAACCAUUGGCCUUCCCUUAAUUUCGUUUCGCCAAGCGAAAAGGGAUAUGCUUCCUUUAUUGCAAUUCGCCUACGCCCUUACUUAGACCCGCGGCUUUCCCUCAUCGCGAUAUUCCCCGGAUCGAUUCCUCCAUCCCACUCGCCGCCCACCAUGGCUUCAGAGCACGCGGUCACCAAAGUCCUGUUGGAAUGGAUCAACAGUUUUUCACUAGGAAAGACAUUGCGGGCUACGGAUGAGUUAACUGAUGGUGUUAUCUUGUGGGAGGUCUUGCAGGAUAUCGAUCCUCAAUACUUCCUUGACGAGCUACCAGAGAGGAACACCUCCGACCAUUGGGUGAACAGGUGGCAGAACCUGAAGCACAUCCACAAACUUAUGAUAAGCUAUAUAAAACACCAAAACGAUGACCAAAUUCCUUCCGGGCUUGAUCCAUCGCCGGACCUCGAAGCCAUUGCGGAAAAGAACUCGGCCAAGGAAACGAACAAGCUCCUGAAACUCCUCCUGAUGGCGGCGAUAAGCUCGCCCAACGCGGCGACAUACGUGAAGACUAUUCAAGACCUCAACACCCCAACACAGGAGGUCAUUAAGGAUAUCAUCGAAGAGGCUCAUAAUGGACAGCAUGAACCCGUUGAUGUGGCGGACGAUAUCAAAGAUGACCUAUCGAAGCGGGAUCAUCCCGUGGACUUGGAACUGCAAUUCGAGGAGCGAGUGGGAAAAGUGCUUGCGGAGAACGACCGUUUGACUCAUGAAAAAAAGGAAUUGGAGAAAGCAUUGGAAGACUUGCACAAUCGCCUGGCACGUCUGCAGGAAAACAAUGAUACCUUGCAAAACCGCCUUGCCUCGACAGAAGAUCGGCUGGUGACUUUGAAGUCCGGAAAGGGUGACCUGGGGUUCAACGCCAAGGCCUUGGAAACCAAGACUCGCCAUCAAGAGGAUCUUAUCGCAUCCCAAGAGGCAAGGCUCGCUGCCGCCCAGGAUGAGGUUGACAGCUUGCGAAUGUCCGUAGAGACUCUACGGGUGAAAAACCAGCGGUUCCAAACCCUGCAAGAUGACUACGAUGAACUCAAAACAGAGAAGGAUCAGCUCGCGCGUAAGGCAAAUGCAGCAGAGAAAUAUCGCCAAAAGCUUCAGGCUAGCCAGGAUUUUGAGAAGGAAAACCAGACACUCAAGAAUCAGAUCAAGGACCUCCAGCAGCAGCUGAAGGAGGCUGAUUCCCAGCACAGAUGGACAUCUGAGCGCGAUGUGGAACUUGAAGAAUACCGAAGAGUUCUACCACGCAUUGAACAGGAAUGUAGUGAGAUGCAAAAUUUGAAGAAGCAGCUGGAGUUCAACAACCACGCCCUUACUGAACGCCUCGAGGGCGCGGAAGAACAACGCGAAAGAGAUGAUUUAUUGAUCAGCGAGCUGCGCGAACGGAUUCGAGAACUUGAAGGCUCGCCUGGAAGUCCAUCGCUUACCCCGGGCGCUGAAACACCAAAAUUACAGGGAACUUUACAGAAGGACUUUGAAGAAAUUGGCGCCAAGGAAUCUCAGCUAAAAUCUGAAAAUGACGAGUUGAAGAAGGAAGUUGAGUCAUUGAAAACACCGCAGGCAUCUGUGGAAUCUGGGUAUGAGAGGUUUUCGGAUUCUUUUGCGCAGACCGUGGAAAUUGCGCAGACAAACUCUACCCAGAGUGACGAGUACUGGAAAUUGUAUGAUAACUACACUGCAACCCUCAGAAGGCUUGCGGAAGCUCAGUUCUCUCUCGACACAUCUCAGAGAGCGCUCUCCGAUGCGAUGGCAGAGAAAACACUCGUCGACAAGGAAAAGGCCGACAUGAUCAAUGAAGUCAAGGAAAACAACUCCGCAGAAUCGGCCAAAAUUCGUGGUGAAUGGGACGAACUCUUGCAGAGAACGCAUCAUCUUGAAGCUGAGAUUGACGCCAGCCAGACUUUGGCAAGGGAAGUGUGCUCUGAACGAGAUGAACUGCGUGGGAUGCUUGAAAAGAAACAGACCGAAAUGAAAGCAGAGGAUCAGGAGUCAAUCGAUGAAGUGAAAAAGCUGCUCGCUGAACUUGCGGCCCUCGACAGUGGCGAGGGCGUGGACACUUCCGAGAGAACUGUUGUAGAACUCACAAAACAACUUACUGAAUUUUUCGAGAAGAAUGUUGAUAGGCUUGCGAAGCGUGCAGAGUACAUCGAGCGACAAAAUGAACUCAUCAAAUUUCUCCAAGAACGCAUAAAGACCCACGAAGAAAGCUCUGAUGAUAGUAUCAGCAAAGAGCGUGAGCUCGAACUGGAAAAGAUUAUCGAGAAUCAGACUCGAGAGCUUUCUCUCGUAAGCUCUGCUUGGUUUGACCUCCAAAGCCGUUUGCAGAACAACAGUGUUACAGUCUCCAGAUAUCGCCACGCCUCGAGCCCUGAAGCUCAGAAGGGCUGGUUGGCAAAACAACGGGUUGUGGUUGCUGGUCGAUAGUUUUGUGAAGUAGGUUGGCGUAUUGACUUUGUUUUUUUGAUCGUGCAUCUCGAUGGCCUAUGGGCUAUUUUAUGACUACAGCCCUCAUGGUUGCUUUUCAUGGUGGGAUACUAUAUGGACAUGAAUAGUCUGCCGGAUUUGAUCUGUAUUUCCUUUUUUGUCUAUAUUCCCUGGGUCUGUGGUUGUUUAUGUCUUGUAUCUUCCUGUGUUGCUACUUCAUAUCUGUACUCAAGAUUGCGCAUAAAAUUGCAUGUCAUGCAUACAGCACUAUGAAUACCCACCUGCUUU